UCUCACAGAAACGGCAUUUGUUUCAAAAUGGCGGAAGAUUUGGCUGAAAACGAAUAUAGCGAAGCAGAAAUUACUAAGAUACAGGCAUUAUUCAGAGGCAUUUUGGUCAGAAAAUGGAUGAAUGAGACCAGACAAGAGUAUGAGGACAUAUUUAAAGAAAUCGAAAACAACAGUCAAACUGGGCCACUUUGGUUAUGUGAUGGACUGUGUAAACCAACUUUCCAGAAAAAAUCCAACAAGAGAAAGACACAAAGAGAGACUGACUGUUCAGUUAGAGACAAGACAGAAAAAAGUGAAACUUUCAGAACAAAACAAACAAUAUCUUCUCAGGCAGAACUUAAAAAUGGUGCUACCGGAAAAUGUAAAGACACUAAAGAACUGUGUGAAAUAGGAGUUCAAUCAUCUAGUCAUGCUUUUGACUAUAAUUUCCUCACAGUUGAGACUCAAACAAGUUUCUGUGAAUCCAGUUCAUCAAGUCAGGAUAUCCUCAAAAUUGAACAGCAUGUACCAACAGAAACUGAGAUAUCGAAAGGUGAAGUGCUAAAUGUUCAGGACAUACCCGAAAAAUAUAAGGAAUCAAAGCAAACAGAUGUACCAAAGUUUCUGACAGAGAUGGCCCAAGAAUCAGAUCACUGUACAGAGCUGGCAGCUGAAUUCAUCCCAGACAGUGUAAUGAAGGAGUCUACACUUAGGCAGAAUGACUCAUCGAAGAAAACAACAACUGAACCUCCCAAAGGAAUCCCAUCUACCAGAGGAAAUCCUAAUGUCCCAUUUUCCAUGGGGACCUCUGGGCGAACUAAUGAAACCUCAGUCUGGGACAGUUUUCAUAGCAUUUCAGCACCUGCUACUGAGUCUAAGGAUGUUCAGCAGGAAAAAGAGCCCAGCCAGUACCCCAAGGAUAAAGAAUCACUGCAGGAAAUGAGGAAAAACAUUGCUUUAGAGUUACUUUGGGUUCAGCAGGCCAUUAACAGUAGGAAAAAUUAUCUAAAGUUGAAGGGACAGAUAGCAGUUUGAUGGUAGAUCAACAGAAAAUUUGAUACAACAGUGAGAUUGGAAAGACCUUGAUUGUUAGUACAUUAAGCCUUAAUGCUGGGUUUUCCCAUUGUGUAUUCAUGUACCGGUAAUAUGUUAAAGGUUUUGAGUAUCUUUGAGGAACAAGUAACAUAUUCAAGAUGUUUCUCUAAGCUUGUAAUAUCUGUGCCUCAUAUUUAUUAAAUAUUUUGUAGAUUAU